UAUGCGUAUUUUGGCAAGAAACAGAAGGAACUGUGAAACAUGUAGGGUAGUUGUAGCGAUUAUUUCUCAGCUGAUUUUUAAAAAACCCCAUUCAAAAUGGGUAAUCGGUUUAGCAGACAGAAUGAGGGAGUCGAGGAUUUCGACGUUUCUUCGCAUCCUUAUCGUUAUCCUCCGAAUUUAGGAAAGAACUUCUUUGCCGAUUAUUUUCUCAUGGGAGGAUCGAAGUUUGAUACCCCGCAGCCAGAGGCGUACCUUUUCGGAGAGAACAGCGACUUAAAUCUACUAAAUCCUAAGCCAGUGUCGUUUCCAUACAGGCAGCCUCUAGACAAUGAACCAACAAAGACACUUAGAAGUCUUGUGAAUCUAAGGAAAGACUCAUUAAGGCUGGUGAAGAGCUUAGAUCAAGAAAGCUUUGGAAUUGAGUUUAUGUUUGAUGCAGAUGUGAAGUGUGCAAUAACGAUACAUUACAAGGCAACAGAAGACUUAUCCACAGGCUUAGCAAUCUACACAUCACAAGAUCCACUCACAUCUUCCCCAAAGACACACUUCCCAAAGGGAUCUGGUCAAGUGUAUAACAGUUCUCCUAAACACAAGAUCAGACCUAGUUUGUUUUCUGAGGAUGAGUUGAACUAUUGCCCUGUUAAGCAUACAUGCAUUCCAGUUGUGAUUCAAAUUGAUGCAGAUGAGGAAGAAUAUCUUGGUCACUCUAACGUCACACUGGCAACAUUUGAAAAAAUGUCUGAUGGAUCUUUCAUCAUAAAGCCUAUCAAGCAGAAACAGAUGGUUGAUGGUCUCUGUUACCUCCUCCAAGAAAUCUAUGGUAUUGAAAACAAAGUUAAUCUAAAAAGUACAAAGGAUGAAGAUAAUGAAUUAGAAGAAACUGGUUUAGAGUGUGUAAUUUGCAUGAGUGACAUGCGAGAUACUCUGAUCCUACCCUGUAGACAUCUGUGUCUUUGUAGAGAUUGCGCUGAAUCACUAAGAUAUCAAGCAAGUAACUGCCCCAUUUGCAGAUCACCAUUUCAUGCUUUGCUACAAAUCUGUGCUUAUAUCAAGAAGCAAAUUGGCCCAAAUUCUCAGGAAACUGCUCAUGGAGAGAAUGCGUGGCCUGGGUAUGAAGAGAUUCCUCUAGUAGAAGCACUAAAUGGAACAAUCAAACCAGACAAUAUACCAGAAGAAGCCGUUGCGCGCAUGCGUCGAAGAUCAGCGUCAAGUAUUCGAUCCUCGGGCAAAAGGAGAGUUGAGAGUGCUCGCGGUCAGCGUUAUGUUGAGAGAUCCCUUUCCGCGUGUUCAGGGAUGUCGCGACCCAGCACAGCCCCUGUGAGUAGAGGCAGAAUUGAACAAGUGGGGGAGCCUGCAAGUGUUGAGCGAAUUCAACGGCAGGAGGCUACAUUAGAGUCAAAAGACGUGGUCACGAUGAUUAAUAGUGCAGAAAUCGAAGAAGCAACGUCGGUGCACGAAGAGGAACAAGUCGUAAACCCUGUACUAACAAAGGAGGCAGAGCAGUUCGAAGAUGCACAGGACCUCCAAGUACACGUUGACGCAUCCUUACCCGGCACACCACUGAGCAGUGAUGUUAGUGGACGCAGCAGCCUCAGUGCCGGAAGCGCGUCAGCGACCACGCCGACUUACAUCCGGUUAGAGGAAGGAACAGGGGAGGUUUCUGUUACCGUGCUACCUACAUGAUUUGUUGUAGCACAUAUCUGAUUAGGUAGUUUACGCUUCAACUGAAAUAAUGGCAAUUUCGGAUUGCAUCGAACUCACGCCGUUCUGCUCUUUUCAAAACUUAAAACUAAUCGCUUACCCUGGUCAAUCAUUUGAAUUUACUUCGAAUCCUUACGGGCUUCGUUCGAUGUCAGCUUAUCCCCUUAUGGGCUCUAGUGGCACUUGGUGGUGUUGCCCUCUUUUUACCUCCAUUGAAAAGCGCUCUAAAUAACAGAUUCAUCUGAUCCUUUUCCUCGUGAACCCCUUAUUAUGAUCAAUAGUAAGGUUUGUUUUGCAUUUUUACAUGUUGCUAAUGAAAGAAUGGCUGAACUCACAAGUUAAUGCCAAGUUAAUUUACAGUGUGCGUUUACCCUACUACGACUGCCUAGUGGCGAUAAUGCCGCAAAACAAGUCUGCCCUUUCUUCGGGAUUGCCUAAUAUACUGGGUAAAUAACCACUGCUCGUUGUAACCAAGAAGCAGCUAUGUAAUAAUCAAAGAAAAAAUUGUAUUUACUAUUAUUGAAUGUCAUCACAGAAGUACAUCAUCAUUUUCGCGUUUAUCUUUUUAACGUCAAUGGUUUGCGCAAUUCUCUAUCAUCUGUUAAUUUUUUCAUGUUUUAAGUAAUGACUUUUGUCAAAGCUCCUCGAGCGUUUGCAAGGUGCAAGGAAAUUUUGACCUCGAAAUGAGGUCUGGAGGCGUGUAAGGCUUAGGCCUAGUUUCUACGUCGCGUUACAGUCGAAUUUAAUUCAAGGUCUCACAAGUAAUUUAAAUUCGACGAUAGCGCGACGUCUAAAACAAAUUAAAUUCGUCCUUGACGUUUUAUUCGUCUUGGUAAGACGGGUAAAAUAUCGAUAACGCGUCUUCAGUUUUAACGUCGCACUAGCGUCGCGUUGAAUGAAAUGCAUACAUUUUCUUAAUGUAUUUCAAUUUAUUUUGGCGAGCCCGCGGCGACCCGUGGCGAGCUUUUCAAGUAAUCCGCAUGCGCAAAAGCUCGUCUUGGGCACUUCCCGCGCGAGUUUACGUUGUAGUUUACGGCUUUAGCGCUUUGGAGAAAAAGUUUGUCAUCUUCUUGCAGUAAUUGUGAGAAACAAACGAAGUAUUCUAGUAUAACGUGUGGUAAAAGUGUUUGUGUUCGAUAGGAAUGUUCGAUUCUUGAAAUUAAUGAAGAAGCUAUCGGCUGGCAACCAAAUAAAUGUGUUGGGUAUUGUCUCA